AUGGCCAAAGGCAAAGAUAAGAAAAAAGAAAAAGAGCCAGCAGUACCACAAGUGGAUAUUACGUUUUAUCAGUUAACUAUCACAGACUUAAAUAAUAAGCUAUCAAGAUUACGAAGUCAUGUCGCUAAACUUGAAGAACAAAAUGAUGAAAUGGAAGAAAAAAUGCGACAACUAGAAGAAGAUAGGACGGAUAUUACAGCACAUUUAGAAAAAACUUUGAAUGAAAAAAUUGAUAGAAUUAAAGAAGUGGAAGAAGAACUUGAGGAAGUUACUAAAGUAAGAACUAAGGAAAAAAGAGAAGCUGCCGAUAAAAUCAAAGAAUUAGAAAAUCGUUAUAAAACAAUGAAUGAGCAACUUACUUCUGAAAUCAAAUUACUUAAUGGUAAAUUGAAUUCUUUAGAAGAGUUUAGAGUUCAAAGAGACGCUCUCCUGUCUAAGUUCGAUGAGCAAGAACAAUAUGCAAAGGAACAAGAAAGAAAAUUUCGGGAAAAAACUAACGAAAUGGAACAACUACAAAUAGUCGAAAAAGAUAAUUUAAAAAAGCAAGUUGAAGCAAAACUCUUAAAAUUGUCUGAAGACUUUACAAAAUCAAGUGAAAUACGUAUUGCUGGAUAUACAAGAAGAUUAAUACGAGAGAACAUUGCCCUUACAAAGGAAAUGGAUGCUAUGAUGAUAACACAACAACGUAUGGAAACUGAACACAAAGAAAUGAUGAAACAACAAAGAGAACAAACUGAGAAAUUUCAAAUUAACGAAAUCACUAAGCAGCGUUUGGUAAGAACAGCCCAAAACCAAAUAGAAAUAAUUGACAAUCUUACAAAGCAAUACGAUUCUCUAAAAGAAAAAUAUAUUAAACUUAACGUCUUUAAAAACUUAUAUGAAAACAGUUUAAAAAAAGAUGUUGUCGAUCAAUUCACUUAUGCAGAUAUGUCCAAAAAGUUACGUAUUAUGGGUCAGCGUGUUGAAAUGCUCAAAUCUGAUAAACUUAAACUUAUAUCUUUACAUCAAAAACAUGAAAAUGAAAUAUUGCGUUUGAGGUCAAUAAUAAAAAAUAUUCGCCAAACUGUUGCCUCUUGUAUUAGAAGCGAUCAAGAACCUUCCCAUACUGAGAAAGAUUUCCGAAAAAAUCAAAGAGAAAAUCUUCUGAAUGAGCUCAUGAAAAUUAUUGUAAGUUAUGAAGAAGAUUUAGACAUAACACCUUCCGCCAGAACAAUUUCAUCAACUACAACAGCGUUUUAUAAACCCGGUGCGGCAGGAUUUGUUCCAAAAUCUAAAACUUCUUUAUUGGAAUUAUUCAAGCGUGAGGCUAAGAAAAUCGCUUCUGCUGAAUUAAUUUCUCCAGAAUACAAACAGAAAACUACAGAUUUGAAAAUUACUCCAAAAGCCCGAAAUAUCGAUGACACAUUAUUUGAUGUUGAAACAGGAGCAACACUAAUUCUCUCUUCAUCAAGUGAACAUAUACAACCACAGGAAGAUGAAAUUAUUGAAGAUUUUGAUGUAACUUCUUCAUCAGAAAGUGCUCCUAAACUUGAUGAAAAACAAGUUGAUGAAAUAAAAAGUAAACAGUCGAUUCAACCAUCAACUGGAACUGAAUACUCUAUGGCUGAAGAAAUGGAAAUGGCUUUAGAAGAAAUGGAUGAAGAAGAUGAGAUUCAAUUCUUCUAUUAA